AUGCCAAGAGGCAAAAAGUUUAAAAUAUUACCAGACAAUGAGUCGGUUAAAGUACUAGGAUUCAUGUUAGAUUCGCAAGAUAGAAUAAGAAUAUGGUCCUGGAAACCAGAGGAGGUUAAAGUUGCUAAUGUACCAGAAAAUGAAUAUACAGUGUGCCAGAAGGUUUUCUUUUUGAAGAAGGAGUCACUGUCGACAGUUAUUCAGAAGCAAGAAAAUGGUAAUGAGAAGAAUAAAGACUUCUGGAGAUACAGGUUAAAGCAUAUAAUACCGAAUAAUAAUGGCAACUGUCCAAUGUGCUAUGAAGAAAUCCAAACUAAUGAGCAUUUUGGGGUAAACUGUAAAAGCAGUAAGAUUAUAUGGGAAGCUGUAUACUCAUACUUAAACCCAGGGGAGUCCUCUCCAAGGACAUACGAGGAAAUAAUUACGAUAUCGAAUAUUAAAGAUGUGGGCAAAAAGCCAAUACCGGAACCGGCUCUCCCCAUAAUUGUUAAGAAUAGAAUUGAGAAGGAGUUCAAAGUUUUAAACCGUU